ACGAGUUGCGGGAAAAGUCUGCUCGCCAAGCACCGUGUCGGGCACGGUUGAGAUCCGUGUUAACGAUUUUAUUUAAUCAGUGAAAGAUGCAAAUAUUGCGACAGUUGGACGUGCACCCAAAGGUGCGCGAUGAAGCGGACAUUCUUGUGCGAACAUUUAGUGGUGCCGUCGUGACGAUCAUCAGCACUAUUAUUAUGGGCAUGUUGUUUCUGUCCGAAGUGAAUUAUUACCUCACGCCUACCCUCAGUGAAGAACUGUUUGUGGAUACCUCAAGGGGUUCUAAGCUAAGAAUUAAUUUGGACAUUAUAGUGCCUGCGAUAUCAUGCGAUCUUUUAUCAAUAGAUGCUAUGGAUACUACCGGCGAGCAACAUUUACAAAUAGAACAUAACAUAUUUAAAAGACGUUUAGAUUUAGAUGGGAAACCUAUAGAGGAUCCAAAGAGGACAGAUAUUACUGACACAAAAGCACUUAGCAAAACUACUGCGAAGACAGUAGAAAGUACUACUGCUGAAACAUGUGGAGAUUGUUAUGGAGCCUCUAGUGACACUACCAAGUGUUGUAAUACUUGCGAAGAUGUCAGAGAAGCCUACAGGCUUAAAAGUUGGGCACCUCCUGAUCCAACAGUAAUUAAGCAAUGUCAGAACGACAAAUCAAUAGAAAAGUAUAAACACACUUUUACCCAAGGAUGUCAAAUCUAUGGUUACAUGGAGGUGAACAGAGUGGGAGGAAGUUUCCACAUUGCACCUGGUGAUAGCUUUUCCGUUAAUCAUGUACAUGUGCAUGAUGCUCAGCCGUACACGUCUACUCAGUUCAACAUGACCCACAGAAUUCGCCACUUAAGCUUUGGGUUGAACAUCCCAGGAAAAACAAACCCCAUGGAUGAUAUCACUGUAGUUGCAUUGGAAGGGGCGAUGAUGUUUUAUCAUUAUAUAAAAAUCGUGCCCACAACGUACGUUCGCGCUGAUGGCUCAACAUUAUCGACGAAUCAAUUUGAAUCAGGAAUGCCCGGAAUAUUCUUCAGCUACGAACUUAGUCCGCUUAUGGUGAAAUAUACGGAAAAAGCGAAAUCGUUUGGUCAUUUCGCAACGAACACAUGUGCCAUUAUCGGCGGUGUGUUCACCGUCGCCGGAUUGAUUGAUUCAUUAUUGUAUCACUCUGUUAGAGCAAUACAAAAAAAGAUAGAACUAGGAAAGUACAAUUAAGAGUCUAGAUAGAUCGAUAG